AUACCUCGCGAAAUCAUCGAAAAAACGAACAACGUGUUCGUCCGCCAUAGAAACAGGAGAUAUUCUUGAUGUCAAUCAUCCGCUCACCUGGUGCCAAUGACUGACUUCAUUCGACCGUGCGCCAGCUUCUUCACAGUUUAUGCCGUUUGGGUGAGGUUGCCAAGAGAAGACGCGGCAAAAUUGUGUGUGGAACUGUUUCUUGUCCAUCCUUCGACAGCUCGCUAAAGAAUGCAACAUAAACCAACGUUUUUUUUUAUGGUUUAUUCUGGCAUAAAUUUCCAUCGUUUUUCCUGGUUUGGCACAAGAGAGACCGCGCGUCCGCGCAAUGUUACGCCAUGCCUAGAGACUAAUAACGUGCAGGCACCAUCUUGGAGAACCAUAUCCGAUUUAUGGUCUGUUUGUUUGACUUCGUGAUCCCGGAGAUCCGGGCUGUUUCCUUCCUCGACGACGUCCGCAGUUCCUCCUGGCACAUAUACACCUCACUUAGAUCUAGGGUUUUGGGAGCUAGUUGUGUUCCUUAUCAUAUUUGCCUCUUCCCAUGUGUAUAUUGUGUAUUUGUGUGACUCUCUCCUCUGUCUCUCUCUCUUCCCCUUAUCUCUCUUCAUCUCUCUUCGCAUGUUCUAUUGGUACAUGUGCGCGUUUGUAUGUUUUUUGGGUAUAUUUUGUUGCAAUUCAUCUGACCUUCCUGUGUUCUUCCUCGUGUGCUCUCGUGUUCCAUUAUGUUUGUUUUCUAGUAAUUUAUUUAAACAAAAACAGCUCCAUGAUCGGGUCCAAAAGUGUGAAGUUUAUUUUCAAAAGAGUCAGAAAGUAUUUUAACCAUUUUAACCAUUGCUCGCGCGCACACCAGAUGGUUAGUGUAACCGCGUGGUGCGUGUUAGUGUGUCCAUGGGUCGCAUAAGUUGUGCAGCGUGGCUCGAGAAGCAUCUCCGUGAUCGAUGGGGCGUCCGUUUUGCUACGGACACGCACACACAUUUCCUGUUUGUCAGAUAUGCCUCUCUGGUCAUGUAAGGUGCUCCGGUGCAUUACAUUGAUUCCAUUACCCCCCUCCUGGGUUGCUUCCACCAUUGUCACGUGUCACCAACCCAUAUGGUACUAGUGUAUCUCAUCGUUUGGCACAAAACAGCUGCUGUUGGAGUGUGGGUUGAGGACAAUUGCAUUUCUGCGUCAUGCCGCCAACUUCAAUGAGGUCCGCAGUACCAUCCCCAACACGAUCCGAUGACAGGACUUUCCCGGGACGUUAUAACACGACCCUGCUGGAUUGGAUGGAUAGCAGUUCCUGCGUUUGUGGGUGGUCGCUCCCGACAGAGCGUCAUCUGUGCCAAAACGGUAAUGGGGUGGCCUGUGCAAUGGUUUAUGUUUCCCACGACAUCCUGCCUCGACUGGCAAAGAGAGUGUGGUGCAGUUGUGGGUGCAGUGACGCAAACCGUGACGGUACGGUACGGUCCAAAAUCUCGUACAUAUGUUAAUCAGCCGGCCAUGGCAUAACCAGACGCUAACGAGAGACGUGAUCGUACUGAGCUGGGAGGCAUAAAGAUUGAAAGUACAUUAAAUCAUUAAAUCUCCGCUCCGAGACAGUACCAUAUAAUCAGUGGCAGCGAGUGAUUUGAAUGGCCACUUGAGAUCUCAAGUAGCACGACGCCUCCCGGAAUAUGCCCCCUGAUGGUAUCUUAAGCGGCUGCCCACUUGAAGUGUGAUCGAUUGCGGGAUGAUACUAAAUGCUCCAAAUCAAUCGUUGUAAUGAGCCACCCUUAAACCAUGCUUGUUGCACUGUUUGGGCAACUCUAGAGCAUCCAUUUCUCUCCUUUAGCUUGUCACCAGCUGUGCAACACAAACUGAUCUGUAGGCCGCCCGGUUACACAGCCGUACAGAAAUAGAACGAUUCUCCGGUAUGUGGCGCAGUAUGAUUGAUUGCUUUUCCUUCGCGUUUUUGGAUGUGCAAACCCUCCGCCAAAGGCUGGUAACACGAUAGGCACGCUGUUGUGUCGUUCGUCUCCCGUGCCAACGACCGACAAUAGUGGUUUCUAGUUUUUGCCACUUUCUUUGAACCAGGCACGAGAGAACCAUUCGGUGAUUCAUUCUGCGUUCCAGGAGUAGCAGCUGCCACAGAUGCGCGAACGUGUUAUCGCCUUGCGGGGUCCCCCCCUGGGAGAGGGUUAUUAUGUAAAUUAUCGGCAAAAACGGCAUCGAGGGAGCAGUGUUGAGGGCGGGCACUUGUCGAAUGAGUUCGCCUUAUUCUGCGAACCACAUUUACUAUCAAGUUUACGCGAGUGUGGGGGUGGUUAGUGUGUACUCAGCAGCGCGCUGAUGGUAACAUAUGCCAGCAGCGGCACGACAUUGUCGCGACGGUUCGCUGUGCACAGGAUAUCAACGGUGGAUAUUAGCCGUGUGUGUAUCCAUUUCGAUACAAGCUUUGUAACCGAACGCUAAUGUGAGAAGGAGGAAUUAAUUAAGCCGCUUCUUCGCGCACCAUUAGGAUAUUCUGUUUUGUCGGUUCGUAGCACACAGGCCACGCCACGGUUUGGCCGUUACGUUGGCUUCAUACUAAAUCUGCUCAACAGAUUAGUACCACCACGACCUUAAGGUGAUAAUACGGUUGACGAUGGUGUACGAGCACCGCCGGCCGGACAUGAUUGGGUGUUUGCCGCGCGCGCGCUGGUAAUAAAGAGCGGACCAAAAGGUCAAGCUGCAAUUGGUGGUGGGCACGUUGGUGCUGUUGGUGCUGCUGGGUAACCCACAUUUUGUCCGUCCGUUAACACUUGUAGGGCGUCGCAUGAACGUCCGUGUAUCACGGUCAAUCCUGAUCAAUUAUGACCACGCGGCGGCGUCCAUGCGGGGAGGCGACGGUUUUUAACGGUUUCCGUGGCCCCCGGGAUGAUUCAUCUCACGAAGCGCGAUAGUGAGCUGGGUGUUUCUCACUCGAUGAACUUCGCCGUGGCUCCGAAGCGUGCAGGUUGUGUUGAAGGUGUCUAAAAUAGGCAUUUUGAGCGUUUAAACUCACAACGGGAUAGUAAAAAGGAAUAAUUUCCAUGUAAGACACGCGGCACAUUACAUAAAAUAUCGAAAAAAAUCGAAAAAAGGCUGCUAGAGCGUUGAAGCAGGCCUUAUAAACGGGUCUGGCGAACUGCUCGAAAAUUUCGCCCUGGUUUGCCCGAAUUAUCGUCGAGUGUUUUUUAUUCCUGCACUCUUGUUUUGGAAAUACGGCCGAGUUCAGGGAAUCGCUGUGAAAAAGUGUGAAUUUUUAAGUAACUUUAAAUUAUUCCGUGCGCGAUUACAAUAACCUGCACUCCCGUGGUCGUUCUCGUUGGAAAAGUUGCGAUUGCAGCUGUUAAUUGCUUUGUGUUGUGACUUUGGCAACCGUUUUGGAAAUAUCCGGAUCGUUUCUGGACCCGCGAUCCGGAUAGUUUCUGGAAAACCAUGGUCGUGCUUCUCCGUGGCCACACGUUGUAAUCUCAAUUGUGUCGAUACACAAUCUCGCACAUUCGCUGUGCCUACAAUAAACACCGAACACGUUCAGCAAAACACGGCAACAGGAUGUCGUCACUCCGGAAUGGGGGACACCACGUCCGGUGGGCGUUCGAUCUUGGUAGCUGGCGACCGACGGCGGCUGAUCUGCUGCUGGCCACCUCCUGCAUACAGCCCGAGGAGAAGUUGCGGCUGUCGCGGUUCGUCUUUCGGGACGAUUUCAACGCUUCGCUCAUCGGACGGCUCAUGAUGCGGCGCUUCGUGCAUGUGGCCACCGGACUGCCGUACAACGAGAUCACCUUCGGCCGGGACUCCAAGGGAAAACCGUUCCUCAAGAACUCCGGCGUGACGGUAGACUUUAACGUGUCCCAUCAGGGUCGGUAUGCGGUGCUCGCUGGAUUGUCCAUCGGGAAAUGUCCCCUCGAAGAUGGCCCACGGCCGAAAAUCGGCAUCGAUGUGAUGAAGAUCGAGUACGGUGGGGGCAAAUCGUUGGACGAGUUUUUCCGUCUGAUGACGCGCAACUUUUCGGACGAGGAGUGGCAAUACAUUCGGGGUCGACCGGACGACCAGGGGCGGCUGGAAGCGUUCAUGCGCAACUGGUGUCUCAAGGAGAGCUACGUCAAGAACGUGGGAGUCGGCAUAACGAUUGAUCUGCGAAAGAUCAGCUUCCACAUACGGAACGAAACGUUGGCGCGCGAUCGCGUGGCGUACGAUACAACGCUGCGUGUGAAUGACGAGCCGGCACGCGAUUGGAGAUUCGAGGAAUCGCUGAUCGAUACCGAUCAUUGUGUGGCCGUUUCACUGGAGAACAUACCAGCGGAGGAGGAUCUGAGUCGCAACUGCUUCGAGCUGAUCGAUUUUAACACCCUGAUCGAGGGCCACCGGCCACUGCUGGCGAUCGAUGAGGACUACUGCGAUGGUAUUAUUAACAAGGAGUACAAGAAAUCUCAUUGAGGGAGUAAAACGGAGAAACUCUGUCUAAAAGACAGGUGGAUGAGAAGAAGGGUACGGUUAUUCCGGUGAUGGGUGAUAUUGUAUUGUUAGGAACACGGCACAGCGCACUGAAUCGCAACAUUUGGCCAUAAGCAUUUAAGGAGUUUUCUCUUACCGUUACGCGCAUCUCUUUUCGGUAAAUAUACUUAUACACGUGUACGGUUUUAGUACUACCAAUCGA